UCAGUAGCUGAAUUGGGUCUCAAUCAUGGAGAGGAGCUUCACUCAUUGCUUGGUUCUAGCCAUUUCUUGGGACUGUUUGCCCUGGAGGCAACAGCUGGGGCAAGCUUCAACUAUGGUGAUGCCAUGGAGAAGAGCUUGAUGUUUUUUGAGGCACAGAGGUCAGGGAAGCUGCCGGUGAACCAGAGAGUCAAGUGGCGGGGGGAUUCGGGACUCCGUGAUGGGCUUCUUCAAGGGGUGGACUUGGUGGGAGGGUACUAUGAUGCCGGAGACCAUGUGAAGUUUGGGCUGCCAAUGGCUUUUACAGUGACCAUGCUUUCAUGGGGAGCCAUCGAUUACAGGAAAGAGAUCACAGGCUUGAACCAGAUGGGAGACACACUGGCUGCUAUCAAAUGGGGGACUGAUUACUUCAUCAAGGCACAUACUGAGCCGGAUGUUCUCUGGGGACAGGUGGGGGAUGGAGACUCUGAUCACUACUGUUGGGAGCGCGCAGAGGACAUGACGACACCUAGAAAUGCUUACAAACUUGACCCCAAUCAUCCAGGCUCUGAUCUUGCUGGUGAAACUGCAGCUGCCAUGGCUGCAGCCUCCAUGGCUUUCAAGCUUUAUAACUCUUCCUACUCCAGUCUGCUCUUAGCUCAUGGAAAGCAGCUUUUCUCAUUUGCGGAUAGAUUCAGGGGUCACUAUGAUGAUUCCAUCCAGUGUGCUAGGCAGUACUACACUUCAUCAGGUUACUCGGAUGAGUUACUGUGGGCUGCUGCUUGGCUUUUCCGGGCUACUGGCGAUGAAUACUAUUUGAAGUAUGUAGUGGAUAAUGCAGUCUCUAUGGGAGGAACUGGAUGGGCAGUAAAAGAGUUCUCUUGGGACAACAAAUACGCUGGUGUGCAGAUUCUUCUUUCAAAGGUAUUGAUGGAGGGACGCGGUGGAGCGUACACUUCAACACUGAAUAAGUACCAGGCCAAGGCGGAUUUCUUCGCAUGUGCUUGUCUGCAGAAGAAUGAUGGCUACAAUGUUCCCUUGACUCCAGGUGGCUUAGUGUACUUGCAUGAAUGGAACAACAUGCAGUAUGCCUCAUCUGCUGCAUUCCUUCUUGCUGUCUACUCUGAUUACCUCUCUGCUGAAAAUGCUGUACUCAAAUGCCCAGAUGCCCAAGUCCAACCCUAUGAGCUCCUCAAUUUUGCAAAGUCACAGGCUGACUACAUUCUGGGAAAAAAUCCCAAGUCCAUGAGCUACCUAGUUGGUUAUGGACAGAAGUAUCCAGUCCAUGCUCACCACAGAGGUUCUUCCAUUGCCUCUGUAGCUGUCCUCCACUCUACAGUUGGAUGUGUGGAGGGAUUUGAGUCAUGGUACCAUCGCCCUGAAGCAAACCCUAAUGUUAUUUAUGGAGGUCUUGUGGGAGGUCCCGACAAGAACGAUGGAUUCUCCGAUGACCGGUCCAAUUAUGAGCAGACUGAGCCAACACUUUCAGGCAGUGCUCCUCUUGUAGGCCUCUUCUCCAAGCUGCAGAACCUAAUAGGAACUUCAGGUUCCCAUUCUCAAAAAUCACCUGCGCCCCAUCACCAAAACACACCAAGUUCUUAUGGUAAGGAAAAACCAGCACCCAAUACAUCAGAUGUCCCGGUGGAAUUCAUUCAUUCCAUAACCAACACAUGGACUAUUGGAAGAACAACUUACUACAGGCAUAAGGUGAUCAUCAAGAACAAGUCCCAAAAGCCAAUUACAGACCUCAAGUUGGCAAUUGAAAACCUUUCGGGAACCCUAUGGGGCCUUAACCCAUGUCAAGAGAAGAACACCUAUGAGCUCCCACAAUGGCUGAAAGUACUACAGCCUGGAUCACAAAGCAGUUUUGUUUAUGUUCAAGGAGGCCCCCAAGCCAAGGUUUCAGUUCUUAGCUACCAUUAAGCAUCUCAUCAGAGGAAUUUCAAAUUCAGAUGCAGACAGAUAAGACUAAAGAAAAUUUUCAGUUCUUCCUAUACAUACUAUUAAAUUCCCCAAGUUUGUAGUUUGCUGAUUAUAAUUUUCAGUUCAACAGUAAACUUAAUUGAAGAUAAAUUUAUCUUGAAAA